CCCGGUACCAAAAUCCGCAGAAGGAUGGAUGCUAAUGGCUUCAACAGGAGCUGCAGAUGAUUCAGGCUCUAUUUCUGGGUCGGAAUCCGAAGCCCCACUCGAAUAGUCAUUGUAGUCAACGUUCCACGAGUCCCGGUCAGAGUCUGAUUCCUCGCUCCCAUGCUCACAGUCAGAAUCGAAUUCUUCUAGAUCAUCAGCGCGAUCUAUUUCAUCUACAUCAUCCAACAGACUAUCCUCAAUAACUUCUGAACUCUACACAGAAAGCAAGGUCAAGGAGAACCGAGAGGUG